CCUAAAUCAUGGAGGGUCUCCUACAUUAUAUAAACCCUGCACAUGCUAUCUCUCUCUUAAGUGCUUUAAAUGAGAAACGUCUAAAAGGGCAACUCUGUGAUGUUGUUCUUAUAGUGGGAGACCAAAAAUUCCGAGCUCAUAAAAACGUUCUGGCUGCCAGCAGUGAAUACUUUCAGACUCUAUUCACUAAAGAAAAUGAGACUCAAUCGGUGUUUCAGCUUGACUUUUGUGAACCAGAUACUUUUGAUAAUGUACUAAACUACAUUUAUUCAUCAUCCUUGUUUGUGGAGAAAAGCAGCCUUGCAGCUGUGCAAGAAGUGGGGUACAGUCUUGGAAUUUCUUUUCUUACUAACAUUGUUUCUAAAAGUCCUCAAGCUCCUUUGCCUGCAUGUCCCAUUAAGAAAAUAACGGUUCAGGAGGAAGAGGAAAGCACUUCUCAGAAACGAAGUGUGAUAGUUUGUCAAAGUAAAAAAGAGGGGGGAAAUGUUGGUCAUACUCCGCAUGAAUUAAGCCAUAGUUUUAAUCUCUCGUCUUCAGUUGCCAUAAAAAAUAAGCAGGCGCAAGUAACACAGUCAACUGAGUUUCUGCACAGUCUACCACUAAAUGAAAAGAAAUGGUUGAAAGACAGUUUUUUAAGAUACUCAAAGUGCCAUGAAACUUCAAGUGCCCUGGAUGACCAAAGUGGAACUAAAAGGAAUGCAAUAUUAUCACAGAAACCAUUUUCAGACAAGGAAGUGGUAGCAACUGAACCAAGAGGAAAGUCAGCUGAAGUACCCUUGAAAAGGCCAUGUCCACCAGUUGUAUCUGCACGUAGUUCUUCAGAAUCUACAUUUUUGUUGAGAGAGACAGGGAAAGGAGCUGCUCCAGGGGAAGAUAGAAAUUUGCUAUACUAUUCAAAGUUAGGGUUAGUGAUUCCAUCUAGAGUACCUGUUCCUGAAAACCAAAGUAUUGAUAGGAGUGGACCGCUUGUAAAAAGUCUCCUAAGAAGGUCAUUGUCCAUGGAUAGUCAGGUCCCUGUUUAUUCAUCUUCUGUUGACCUGAACCCUUCACAUGUAUCUUCAGCAAUCAACAACACACAAGGGAGAACAUUAAACAUAAUAUCCCCAAAACCAUCCAUGAAAGAGUCUUCAGGAAAGGCAGCUGCUGAUAACCAGACACAGGUAAUUCACCCACAUCGCCUUAGAUCUUUUAGUGCUUCCCAGUCAACAGACAGGGAGAUAACAUCACCUCUUAGAGAAAUACGGAUAAAAACCGAGCCUCAUAGCCCUCUUUCAGAUCCUUCUGAAAUUAUAAGAGUUACAGUGGGUGAUGCCUCAUCUGCCAAUAAAAGUCAUCCUUUUAAAAUUGAAUAUGACCAUAGGGAUUUGAGUAGACUUCCAGCUAAAAGAAGGUUUCAAGCAGACAGAAGGUUUCCAAUCAAAAAAAUUAAGGCGGAUGAACAUGCUUCCCCUGGGUCAGAGGACAAUUUUGAGGAAAACUCAAAUCCUGCACCCCUUGAUGCUGACUUUCCAGAUUCUGACAUUAGCAAAGAAGAAUAUGGUGAAUUUGAAGAAACAAAGCCUAACAAAAAGUUUAAGUGCAAACAUUGCCUUAAGAUUUUCAGGUCAACUGCAGGCCUUCAUCGUCAUGUCAACAUGUACCACAAUCCUGAAAAACCUUACGCUUGUGAUAUUUGUCAUAAAAGAUUUCACACAAACUUCAAAGUUUGGACACAUUGCCAGACACAACAUGGAAUUGUGAAGAACCCCUCCCCUGCUUCCAGUUCACACGCUGUCUUGGAUGAAAAAUUCCAAAGGAAAUUAAUUGAUAUAGUGAGAGAGCGAGAGAUUAAAAAGGCUCUGAUUGUUAAACUAAGGCGUGGCAAGCAAGGUUUUCAGGGUCAGGCUGCUACACAAGCACAACAAGUCAUCAAAAGAAACCUAAGGUCAAGAACCAGAGGAGCUUACAUUUGUACCUACUGUGGGAAAGCCUAUCGCUUCCUGUCACAGUUUAAGCAGCACAUAAAAAUGCAUCCAGGGGAAAAAACAGUUGGAGUAAAUAAGGUUCUUAAACCAAAAGAGGAUAUUCAUGUUGAAAGCCCAGUAGAAAAUAAAAAAGUUUACCAGUGUCGGCUUUGUAAUGCUAAGCUUUCCUCUCUUAUUGAACAGGGAAAUCAUGAGCGGCUCUGCCGGAAUGCCACAGUUUGUCCUUACUGCAGUCUUCGAUUUUCUUCACUAGAGUUGAAGCAUGACCAUGAAAUUGCAUGUGAGUACAAGAAGCUCACUUGUUUAGAGUGUAUGCGCACUUUUAAAUCCUCUUUCAGUAUUUGGCGUCAUCAGGUUGAAGUUCACAAUCAGAAUACCAUGGCUCCAACUGAGAAUUUUUCUUUACCAAUUCUGGAACACAAUGGUGAAGUUAGUAGUACUUCCAGAUUGCAUUCUCAGUCAGAGCCUAACAAGAUGAACAACUUUGCCACAGCCAAAGAAGACAGUGUAUUCAGUGAUUCUUCAGAACAAAUUAAUUUUGAUUCAGAAGAUUCCUCAUGUCUGCCUGAAGAUUUAAGUGUCUCCAAACAGUUUAAAAUUCAGAUCAAAGAAGAACCUGCAGAUGAUAUAGAGGAGGAGGUGGUCUCUGAAGCCAACCAGGAACCCAAGGGAGCAAUUACUAAUAAAGACACUGGUUUAUGGCCUUGUGAAAAAUGUGGGAAAAUCUUUACAGUACACAAGCAGCUGGAGCGUCACCAAGAGCUUUUGUGCUCUGUGAAGCCUUUUAUUUGCCAUGUGUGUAACAAGGCGUUCCGAACCAACUUCCGCCUGUGGAGUCACUUCCAGUCCCAUAUGGCACAACCUACCGAGGAACCUGUUCACAAAGAUCCUGACAUGUGUGCACCAGCUAAUUCUCCAUCACCACCACCCUUGCCUCCUCCCCCACCACUUCCACAAAUACAGCCUUUGGAACCCGAUAGCCCUACAGGCUUGACAGAGACCCCUUCAGCUACUGAGAAAUUAUUUGUUCCACAAGAAUCGGACACGCUCUUUUACCAUGCUCCACCACUUUCAGCCAUCACAUUCAAAAGACAGUAUAUGUGCAAACUUUGCCACAGGACAUUUAAAACAGCAUUUAGUCUUUGGAGUCAUGAACAGACACACAACUAAAAACAUAAAGAAUGCUGACAGAAAGGUUUAAAGGUCUCUUAAAUUUCCAUGUUGUU